AUGCCUCAAAGAAACUCCCUGCAGGCCUCCAUUGAAGCUCUGUUCUUCCUCCUGCUCUGGUUAAGUGUCCUGGUCAUCGGAGAGGUUGGUAAGGACUUCUCCAACUGCCUCGGCUUCUUCUACGAUGAAAUCCCUCCAGUAACACGGAUCAAUGCAGCAGGUUUCCAGCCAAUAUGCCAGCGCUACAAAAACCAGUACCACUUUGCCACUCUGUAUCACCGUCAGCAUCGCACUCCUUUGUUCUCUGCGUACAGACUAAGUUCUGCAGAUGGGAAGCGGCCUCAGCCUACCUGGAUGUAUGAAGCUCAGUUGGCUUUCUCCCAUGCCAGCCCAGAGAUGAAACCCUUCAGCAAACAUGUUGACCAAAAUGUGGUUGAAAGCCAGGCGGUGCUCGACGACUACAGGAACUCCAGCUUCACCAAAGGUCAUCUCAAUCCCAGCUUGCACCAGAGGACAGCGGAGAACCGGAAGGCCACGUUCACGCUGACAAACGUCGUCCCACAGCACAAAGGCUCCAACUCCGGGCCCUGGAACGUUCUGGAGAAUGAGGUUUUGAGAAAAUACAAGACCUUUUGCGAGGGAUUCAUGUACGUGGUCACCGGGGUCAUGCCUUACAAGUCUGCCGAGGCCCGCUGGAUUAAUAACAGAGUUUCUGUUCCUGAGUAUAUGUGGUCUGCCUACUGUUGCCCCGCGUACAGAUCUGACCUGCCCAAAUCUGAGCAACAGUUUUUCCCCACAUAUGCUGCCGUUGGAAGGAAUGACCCCAAUAGUGGAGAGGAGAUUGUGCCUGUUAAUGUAAAAGCGAAGGCAGCAGUACGAGGCUAUGAUGUGAGGCGAAUGCCUUUGGAGACCUUGGAAGGUAUUCUGGCAGAAAGGCUGGCCAUUCAAAUCAGUCUGUUUGAUGGAAACUGUCAGACAAAAAGGCUUUUAGUUUCAUGAUGCUUCUUCAAAACUUUCUACUGCUUUAAUUGAUUAAUGAGUGUUUUAUCAUCCAAGAUACAAUAACUAAGUUGUCUGUUGAGUUUGAAUCAUUUUAAUUUGUCUUUUGAAAAUGCUACAUUAAAAAAAUCAUUAAAAAAAAAGUCAAAACUUUUCCACUUUCAAAUGAAAGUAAGAGUGGAAAAGAAAAGGUUUCU